UUAAAUCAGUGAUGACUUGUUGAGCAAAGAAUUUCACUGCAUAAGAAGUGACCAUGUGUGGUAACCAAAGAUUGGCAGCCUGAGACACUUUAGUACGACCACUUAUUUAAUGUCUUCAAGGUGCCUUUUCUGUUGGAUUUAACCUCUCAGUCGGAUCCUUUUCUAGUGGUCUAGGUCUCUUUCCACUGAAAUGUUGAGAUUGACCAAGAAUAUUUCACUUGGAAUUGUAGCCCCUCAGUAUUUCCACAUAAUGUUUUUCUUUUUUUUCUGCAGAAGAGCAAGCUCUUACAGUGCUAUGCAAGCUGCCCAUUUAAAACUAUCAUUGCUUGGCACCUAUGCCCUAGUGACAGUUUGACCAACAUGUGAGCAGGCAUACUGCCAUCCUGACAGAUGGGCGUGAGUACAGGCAGCCAAGAAACCAUGUAUCUGCAUCUAGUGUAUUUGUUAAGGGCAGGAUUCCCAGUCGGGGAUGUUCAAACGUCUGUCCGUCCUGAGCUUUCACGCCUGUGGAUAAAGGGAUGUCAUCAUUAAUCCCAGCUUCUCACUGAGAUUCUGUGGGUCCGUAAGGGCUUCUUGGCUCUUACAAAAGUAGGCGAUCGGCGACACUCGGGAUAAUUGUUCUCCCCUUCAUCACGGGACUACUUCACGUCAUCCUUCCCUCUUGCUCUUGGCCAAGUAGGUUUGCAGUGAGUUCAGACCUGUUCAGACAUUGUCCCCAUACUUCUAGAAUAUGUGCUUCUUCGUUGGUUUUCUAGAGUACAAAAGCUUUGCAGAGUUUAGAGUCUUUUAAUGUGCUUGCUUUGGACAGUGAUGUAUAGAGUCAGGUAGAUCUGAGAUCGUAUAUUGACUGUUGGUGUGACAUUCAGGCAACCUUAUUUUUAUUAUGAAAUCCGGGUAAAAUAAUAGGGCUGUUGUGAGAAUUAUGUGUGAAAUGUGCACGGGAAUCACUUGGUAUAAAUGCCUGACCCAUAGUAAGAACAGUUUAUCCUCAUCAUCGGCACUUUAAAAUACUUGAGGGUAUUUUUCUCCGCAGAGUUAUGGGGAACAAAAGAUCUGUUUUCAUCUCAUUUCCCACCAUGCUUGAAAGUCAUGACUGGACAUUAUCACAGUGUUUGGUUCUCAGUGCCUCUGUGACAGGGAGCUCACUACUUCUGGAGCAGGAGGACUAGAAGCCCCUCUUAACUGUGGGACUGUUGGCAUUUUAGACGGAUAAAAUCCUUGUUGUGGGGGACUGUCCUCUGCACUGUGGAGUGUUUAGCAGCAUCCCUGACUUUACCCACUAGAUGUCAGUAGCUCCAUCCCCCCAAUUCCCUCACCCCCAUCUUGAUAAUCGAAAAUGUCUCCAGACAUUGCCGCAUAUCCCCGAGGCGGAGGGCAGAACCAUCCCCGGUUGAGAACCAUGGCUCUAGAGACACCUAUGCCAUUUGUAAUCAAAUUUUGACUCUUAGAAAGUUCUUUCUUAUACUGAAUAGAAGUCUGCUUGCUUAUUCCUCCUCCCCACAUCUGUCUUGUGGAGACAUGUGGGAUAAGCUGACCCCUCUUCCACAUAACAUCUUUUCAGAUACGUGAAGACACUUAGCAAACCUCAGUCUUUCUGAGUUGAGUUGUCUCCACUUCAUUAGCUAUGCCGUACAUGGCGUGGUGUCAGGUCAGUUCACCACAUCGAUGGCUUUUCUUUGACUUAAUUUCAUUUUUAAACUCUAAUGCUUAGAAUUGAAUGUGAUACUCCAGGUGUGGCUUGAUUAGUAAAAAAUAGAGCAGGAUCUCUUGUUCUAGUUUUAGUAUUUUUCUUCUAUGUAUAGGGAACAGUAUUAUCCUGCUUCUUCUACAUAAUAUGUAUUGACUAAUAUCGACUACAUUUUUUUGAUGACCACAUUUUACUUUGCGCCUGGAGUUGAAUAAAACCCCUAGGUCUGUCUAAGCUACGUCUUCCUCAUCCUGUUCCUAGGUAUUAGUUUUGGGGUCCAACCAUUAGAACUUAUGUUUAUUUUGGUAAAUUUCUUUCUAUUGGAUUUAGCUAACAGCAACUUCUCAAAUUAUUUUGGUCUCCUAAUUCUUGGUUGCCUCUGAAGUUUCUAGCUUAAACUUAAAAAAACAGGUGAUGCCAUCAUCUGAGAUUGAAAAUACAGGAGAAAGUACGUGUGUGUGCGUUUAAUUGCAAGCUGGUUGGUGGUGGCAGCUUGCUGAACAUAAAGAAUUCCUCUUCAGAGAACUUGAGAUUGAGGUGUUUGCGGGACAUCUAGGUGAUGAGGUUUAGAAUCGGAUCCUGGGAAGAGGGGACGAUAUCCAGAGAGACAGACUUGGGGCUCAUUCACUCCUGGAAGGCAGUAGAAAUCGUUGGAUUGGCUGAAAUCGUUUGUGUGGAUAGAACAUUAAGAUCGAAGAGACAAUUGAGGAUGGAAGCCGGAGGAAGCCCAGUAUUCAGAGGUUGCUGGACAGAAAGGAGACACCCAAAAGAGACGAAGAAAGGGUGGUCAAAGAGGUAGGAUGGGAUGAGAGGAGAGGAGUGUCUUGGAAGCCGAGUGGCUCUGGGUUAAGUACUGUGGUAGGUACUAGACUACAUAGUGAAUAAAAUAGGGCAUGAUUUUUGCUCCUGUUUUGAUUUCCUACAGGAUUGAACUGUUCAGUUAGUGGCACCACAUAGCCAGUCAAUCAUGUCUGAAAACUGGGAGUCAACCUUUAUUUCUCCUUCACCCCCUUGCAUUUAUUGGGUUACCAAGUUCUGAUUAAAAAAAAGAAGUUUUUAUUGAAGUAUAACAUGUGUACUGGAAAAAGUGCACAAAUCUUAUUUAGCUCAAUUGAUUUUUUUACAAAGUGAACACACUGUAACAGCCAUUGCCCAGAUGAAGAUCUUCUGCGUUCCAGCACACUACAAGCCUCUAUUGUGCCGCCUUCCUGUAAUUCCUCCCACCCAAGUGAGGAUGCCUCGUGUAAAAGCAGCACAAGCGGGAAGACCAGGUCCUGCAAAGAGACGGCUCGCGGAGCAGUUCGCGGCGGGGGAGAUCGUCACUGACAUGACAAAAAAGGAGUGGAAGCUGGGCUCACCCAUUGGCCAAGGCGGCUUUGGUUGUAUAUAUCUCGCUGAUACCAAUUCUUCGAAAUCAGUUGGCAGCGAUGCACCCUGUGUUGUAAAAGUGGAACCCAGUGACAAUGGACCUCUUUUUACUGAAUUAAAGUUCUACCAGCGAGCUGCUAAACCAGAGCAAAUUCAGAAAUGGAUUCGUACCCAUAAACUGAAGUACCUGGGUGUUCCUAAAUAUUGGGGGUCUGGUCUACAUGAUAAAAAUGGAAAAAGUUACAGGUUUAUGAUAAUGGAUCGCUUUGGGAGUGACCUUCAGAAAAUAUAUGAAGCAAAUGCCAAAAGGUUUUCUCGGAAAACUGUCUUGCAGCUAGGCUUGAGAAUUCUGGACAUUCUGGAGUAUAUCCAUGAACAUGAGUACGUACAUGGAGAUAUCAAGGCCUCAAACCUUCUUCUGAGCUGCAGGAAUCCCGACCAGGUGUACUUGGUAGAUUAUGGCCUUGCUUAUCGAUACUGUCCAGAAGGAGUUCAUAAAGAGUAUAAAGAAGACCCCAAAAGAUGUCAUGAUGGCACCAUGGAAUUCACCAGCAUCGACGCACACAAUGGUGUGGCCCCGUCGCGGCGCGGUGACCUGGAAAUACUUGGUUACUGCAUGGUCCAGUGGCUCAGUGGUCAUCUUCCUUGGGAGGAUAACUUGAAAGAUCCUAAUUAUGUUAGAGAUUCCAAAAUUAGAUACAGAGAAAAUAUCGCAAGUUUGAUGGAAAAAUGUUUUCCUGAGAAAAACAAGCCAGAUGAAAUUGCUAAAUACAUGGAAACAGUGAAAUUGUUGGACUAUAUGGAAAAGCCUUUGUAUCAGAAUUUACGGGAUAUUCUUUUGCAAGGCCUGAAAGCAAUAGGAAGUAAAGAUGACGGCAAGCUGGACCUCACUGUCGUGGAGAAUGGAGGUUUGAAAGCAAAGACGGUAACAAAGAAGCGAAAGAAAGAAGUUGAAGAAAACACAGAAUCUAGCGUCGAAGAUAUGGAUUGCGCAAGUGUAAAGACACAGGAGGCCCCACAACCUCGAAGUGAGGAGUCCCAGGGAGCCGUGCAUCGAAGCAUGUCUCAGCCAGAGGCUAGCAGCAGCAGCAGCUACGACAGUGAGUGAGAGCAAAAUUAAGGCGCCUUCAUGAAGUUAGAGUCGUAGUCUUACUGGAACAACAAAUCCUUACUCUGUGGAACUGGCUGUUCUCGUUUAGGCAAGGGCCUGCCUCGUGGCGGUGAGGGUGGCGCCCCUCCAUCUCUAAGGUGAACCACGGGAGAGCGAGCCUCUCUUGACGCCUGAGGGGUGUUACCGCCUGAACUUGCCUAACGAGCAUCGGAGGCGUCCAUUUAGAUGCAGAAAUGGUUUUAAAUUAUGCUGUAAUUAUGAAAAAUGUUUUUUAUACCUUAAGUUUUAAAGAAGACCCUCAUACUGUUGGUUCUUACUAUGAGAAAAAUACUGGGUUUUAAUUAAUUUUGGUAAUGACGAAAGACCCAUAGGUGAUAAAAAGAGAACAAUUCAGAUUUUUGACAUAAAUUUUUAAGAAGAUAGCAAUUAAUCAAAUGCUCCCUUAUUCAUAUUAGCUCUGAAUUGCUUUACUUAAAUGCUGUUCAUUUUCCCAUUGCAGUUCAUUUUGUUGCCUAAAGUAUUAGGUUAUUUAAGGUAUUUUACUAUCUAAAUACUCAUGAAUGAGAGAACUAUUACUUAAGACGAUACGAUGUUGCGCCUAACCAAAAAACAACAACAACAAAAAAAGCUGAGGGUUCAAGAAAAUGUGUAUAUUUGUAUUUGUUAGUUUAUAGUAACUUGAAGGAAAUGGAACAUUUUUACUUGGGAUUUUUUUUUGUUUGUUUUAAAGAAAUAUAAAUACGAUUCAGUGAAUUCUGUGUUUCGGGGCUUUAAGAUUUUGUGUCAUAAAUGUAUUUCAAAAGCGUUUACCUCUACCAGCAGCUUUAGAAAUGUCAGUUUCUUCGUUAACAAUUUUAUUUUCAAACACAAUUUAUGGUUUACAAUAUAGUAAGAGAUUUUUCUCACUGUGUGAUCUUUCAGAAUGCUGUGCCUGGCAAAAUGGGAGCAACUUUCCUUUGAUAUCUAUUUAGACCACUUUGAAAGCAUGUAUAAUUUUCUGGAUACACCUAAACUCACUUUGAAUAGUCGGGGGUCUGCUGUGUAAGAAUGCAUUCUGAAAGCUUUCAGAAUGUGUAUUGUGUAGGUUUUCUCAAAGAACGAGAGGGGGUGACGGGGUGGUUUUCAAGAAGAACAGAGGCCUCUAAUCCUUUUAUUUUUAUGCAAAGCAUGAUUUUUACCAAUUGAGAAAAUUUGGUUAUUUGCUGCAAGUAAUUUUUCUCCCUACAAAAUGAUAAGCAUUAAAAAACCGUGCAUAUUCUGGCAUUUCAAAACCAUGCCAAAAUUUCAGAGUUGUACUAAAUGUGAGUUACUGUAGCCAUGAUAUUUAUGGCUGGUGUGCCCUGUCCCUACUAUUGUUAGAAGGAGUCUGUCCUACUUCUUGUUGGUGUUAUUUUCGACAUACCUUGAAUUUUGGACCAUUCCUGGGAAUUCUUUGAGGAAGGUAAUAAUGUAUGUUUUAUCUCUUGUAUAGCCAUGGGCUAGUAUUUUUAAAGGCACGUUACAGAGAAUUUCUCUCUUAUUUUUUUUCCUUCUGUGUUGUAAAACCAUAGAAGAAUAUCCCAAAUUUACAUACUUUAUUUUUCAGAUAUUAAAUUUCUACCCAUUAAUCUUAUGAUUGGCCUUUUAUAAGUUGGAAUUGGCUCAACAGCAAUGAGUUUGUUUUUUUUGGGGGGGGCAGGUUAGUGUAUUAUAAAAUUGGUUAUAUUUUGAAGAGACAAAAAGAGAAAUAGAUACUUUUCUGCAACCAUCAGAAUUGAUUACUAGGGGAAGUUCCGAAAUGAUACAUGUAGCAAAGUCAUCAGGUGACAUAAGAUUGAUUCUAGAUGGUGAUAGCCUUUUUAGUGGCUGUGAGGAGCUAUAACAUCUAGAUCGAAGGGGGUAAACAGCAGCGAUAUUUAUGAAUAAAAGGUCAGAUUUGGAUGUUAAAGAGAUAAUACUGUGAGUGUAGCUACAGUUGUCGUCACUUCAGAGUCCUUCGUAAUGUAGCCAGCGAGCCCGAGCCUGCUGAAAGGGAGAAAGGCUGUAGGGUUUGUUAUUGGCCUUGGCUUUGUGGUACCCCAUUAUGCUUAUCUCAAAUGAUCACAUUCACAGUUCUCUAUACAGACUUAAUUUCAAAAUUCUUGAAAUAAAACACUGAAGAUCUACCAUGGGGUAUUUUUAAUAGAACCCUCUCUCACAAAAUUAAGAAAAGCCUCAGAUGCUUGGACUGGCUUUAGUAUAGUCUAUUAUAAGUAGCAAAAAAAAAAAAAAGAUACUUACAUAAGUUUGAAGUUUGCUUUAAUUGAACUGUAUGCCAAUUGAAUAGAAACUAGAACUUGGAAAAGUAAAAUACACUAAUUUCGUAAACUGACCUUCCAAUUAAGUAACUAAAUAAAUAUGCAGUCUGCAGACCUUUAGAAUGGACACACAGUUAGACGAGUGUGAGAGGUGGUUGUCCUUGGAGAGAAGCAGCCUUGAUCCCUGUGUGGUUAGCGCAUCCAUCAAGUGCCAGGCUGCUGCAGUGCCCCGGGCUGUGGUGCCCUGCUCUGUCCCUGCAGAGGACGCAGGGGCCUGGGAGGACCUGGGGAACACGGACACCUCACCUGCCGGCCACACGCAGUCGCCAUGGUGCUUAAGCGCCCCUUCUGACUGUGUGCCAGCUGGUGGGAGAGCACCCUACUGGGGUGGUGGAGUGGGGGCGGUAGUUGGGGGAAGGGUCUCCUGGGUGUGCGGAAUUCCCACGCCCCCAUCUGGAGAAUCACUGAUUUAGUCCCACCCCGGGGUCUGGGGGUAGGAACUGUCAUAGGCUCGCCUACCUGACAGGACACUUUUCUAAAAGGCUGCUCAGUGGGUUCAUUUAAUUCCUAGUGGAAAAGGCUUUCUAUUUUGGGAUAGCCCAGUACUUUCCUGCCAAAAGAGCAUACUGAUAACAGGCUUUAAAAAGCAAAACUUUUAGAGGGAAAUGUCUUGCUUUUCGUAUGUGUAGCCUCCUCGUGUCCUCCGAGGGGACGGACGCUUAUGUGGUUGCUGUGGUUUACAGUUGGAGGGGGUGGUCUCCACUUCACCACAAAAGUUUUGGGGAGAAAUAUGUUGGUGACAGUGUAAGCUGGGCACCCAUCACCAGUGAGAGAGUUCUGAGGUAACUUCAAGACUGGAAGCUGGGUAUGGCUGGCACAUUUUUCUGACAUACCGAAAAACUGAAACUCCCAAAUUCCCAGGCUAUUAGCAAUUAUACCUUGGUGAACAAAUUUCAUCUUCACAGACAUCAUGGUCAGUGAGACUUGUAAAUAUUAAUAGCUAUACGGUACGUGGAAACCCUGGUGGCAUAGUGGUUAAGUGCUACGGCUGCUAACCGAAGGGUCGGCAGUUUGAAUCCGCCAGGUGCUCCUUGGGAACUCUAUGGGGCAGUUCUGCUCUGUCCUGUAGGGUCGCUAUGAGUUGGAAUCGACUCGAUGGCAUUGGGUUUGGGUUUUAUACAGUACAUAGAAAUAUUUACAUUUUUGUUCUUUUGCUUUUAUAAAAUAAUAAUUCACGAUUUAAAUUU